AGUUUGUCCAAGUGGCCUUGCCGUACAUCUGUCGUCGCUGUACUUCCGCGUCCGGUUUAUUUACGCGCCCACACUUUACUGAAUGUUCUUCUUCCCGAAUUAGCAACAGAACCCACUGAAGCAUCGAUUCCGUGCAUCCAUCACUAAUUUAUCGGCGUAUAAAAUUAUGAAUUGAAUCUUUGUGUCCGCGUAAACUUUUCUCGGCCUGGCUUAUCUUAGCUUAGCUUGCUAACCGCUAACAUAUGGAGACGCGUUUGGACUCCGCACAUCGCUCGGACCAAAUAAAGUGAGUGAAGUAAACUGGUGACUUUUUUUUUUUUUUUUUUUGUGCGAACAUGUUAGCAAGACCGACAGGAGAGCGCGAGGAGGAACUCAGCGGAACAAAAGACGGCGAGGAGCGAAAAGUUCAACUGUUGGACGCAGUUUUUAAGACUCCUCUCGAUGCAGGACAAAGGCCGUGUGACGCCCUCCAUCACAGUCAGUCGCCUUCAGACGCCGGUGAAAAAAAUCUUCGCCCUGAGCAACGGGAGCCGGGGUCUGCUCGGAUCAAAGAGGAGCAGUCGGAGGACGAGGCUCACAUCAAAGAGGAGGCUGUCAUCACGGGGUUGACGGUGACUGUUGUCCCGCUCAAGAGUGAAGACCAAGGUCAGUUUGAGGAGAGGAGCGGGGCGGCGGCUCCGAGCAUCACCUCAAGUCAACACAUAAAAACAGAAGACGAUGGAGGACCACGAGGAGAGGGCCUCAUGGCUCCGCUGUCAGAUAGUGACGACGCGGCGUCAAACUCUCCUCACACUGACGACGACGAACAUUCUGAAGAAGAUCGGACAUCUCGCGCCGACAACAGACGCUGGAAAUGUCCUCAGUGUCUUAAAACGUUCGUCUACAAGUCUCUUUUGAAAACGCACAUGAUCUGUCACACCGGAGAGAAACCGUUUGUCUGCUCGGUUUGCGGGAAAAGAUUCUCUCACAAGGGACACUUAAGAACGCACACAAAAACACACACCGGUGAGAAACCUUUCGCCUGCUCAUUUUGCGGCCAAAGAUUCUCUCAGAACGGGAACUUGAGUACGCACUUACGAAUACACACAGGAGAGAAACCCUUUUCCUGCUUAGUUUGUAGUCAAAGCUUCUCCACACAGGUAAGCUUAAAAACACACACGAGAACACACACUGGUGAGAAACCUUUUGCCUGUGUAGUUUGCGGGCAAAGAUUCUCCGAAAGGGCAAACUUGAAAACGCACACAAGAACGCACAAUGGAGAGAAACCUUUUGCUUGCACAACGUGCGGUCAAGGAUUCUCUCAAAAGGGAAGCUUAACUAUACACACAAGAUCCCACACUGGUGAGAAACCUUUUUCCUGCUCGUUUUGCGGACAAAGAUUCUCUGAAAAGGGAACCUUGGUCAAACACACGCGAAUACACACUGGUGAGAAGCCUUUUGCCUGUUCAGUUUGUGGCCAGAGAUUUUCCCAAAAGGGAAACUUAAAUAUACACAAAAAAACCCACACAGGCGGCGGUGGGGAAAGAGACGCUCAUAACGGUCAGGUUGAGAAAAAAGUGUUUUCAUUAAAAUAACAGCGACCAAUCAAGCUGGAAAUGCAAAAGAAGCUGUUUCAUGUUUAACUAAGGCAUUGAUUUAGUCUCGAAUUCUUGCGGGGGUUUACAAAAACCCUCUCCGGCGUUUAUUCAGGAUUAGCGCUUGUGCUAAAACAGUAAAACCGAUGCACCUCGUUUGUCCGCUGUUUUUGUGAUCCUCGCGUCGAAUGCUGUUCGGGAACGAUUGAAAUAAAUUGUGUAGAAGCUGACAAUUUGUGGAAAGGUGGAAAAGGUUUGGCAUUCUAAAUAAAAUACAACUCU